UCCACACUUUUUCACUUUUACUGUCGUUCGUGCUUUCUCUAAGGGAAACGUGAAGAGAACUGCUUUUUAAUCGCUUGGCGCACCUGAUCGACCGACUUCCCUUGCUUCCUCUUUAUCGACUUCCGCUACGCGCAUCGGAUCCGAUCGUCAUAGCAUCUCCCACUAUUGCGCAUUCGCCCCAUCGACUCCGCGACCCGCCUUACAGACGAACAACCUUUGCACAACUCUCGCUACAAUGGCUGAGCGUCCGCAGGAUGAUGGCGCCGCGAGCGCAGCGGUUGAGCCCCUCAAAGAAGAGCCGGAACAACAGGAAAAUACUGCGCCUGUAGACAAGGGUAAAGGUCGCGCUCAAGAUACGGAUGGCGAUGAAGGCAUGGGCAUAGAAGAAGACAUGGAUGAAGAGGCUCGCUUGGCACUUCUUACCACUGUGCGCGACCAAGAUGACCUCGAGCGCGACAUUGGUAGACAAGCCGACCAGAUGCUCACCGAGCGAGAAGAUGAAAGGGAUAACAAGCGCAUACAAAAGGCCUAUGCAGAGAAGCAGAGAAGUGUCGCUCAACUGAAGCGGCUCGAGGACAAACUUGCUGGUCCCGGAGGUUCCACAAUCAAGAACAAAGUGCGUGCAGACAUUGCGGAAAUCAAAGAACGUAUUGCUGGUCUCGACGAAGAAGUCCGGGUGCUCGAGAACCGUAUAACUGAGAGGCACCGGACUGCUAGUGGAGACCACCCUCUUAAGAUCGGCGGGAACGUCCAGCAAGCCAAUGAGACUCGGCGCGACUUCCUUAUCCGAACCGGCAAGAUUACUCCUUUCUCCAAGAUGGCUCAGGUACCAAGGAUAUCCUCGAGCCUAGCAGAUACUAUGUUUGAUGCCGAAGAGGGUGAGAAAGAUUUGGAUGAGGCCCUGGAGCAAACACAACUAGUUGAUGAGGGUCCUCGCUCACAUCGUAACCUCAAGAGGCCUGGCUUUAUGGAUGAAGAAGAGAGCGAUACAGGUGAAGCUGCACCUCCUGCGAAGCAUCCUCCGAAGCGCCGUCGAUUACAAAGCAAGCUGGAUCGUGAAGCUGAGUCGAGUUCCGAUCUUUCCAGCCCUCCUGAAGACGACUCCGACAAAGCUUUUGAACCGGAUAUGGAUGACAAGGAGCUGGCAACCCUGGGUGAGUCCGAAGAAGGGGAGGUCGACGACAUUGAUGAUGAUGAUUUCGACAUAACUACACCUGGUCGCAAGCGCAAAGCGCCCCGAAAGACCAAAGGCAAGACCAAACAGGUCAAAUCUGAAACUACAGAAGAUGAACAGGAAGACCUUACUGGCGUCGAUGAUGGUAAUGAACAGGUCUACCAGGCUCGCCUAAACAGCUGGGUCAAACGUCGUGGCGAAGCCCGCCGCAAGGCUAAAGCCAAGCGCGCGGCUGAAAGUGUUGAUGAAACAGACAAGCCAGUGGAAGAGGAAUCUACCGAAAGCAGAGAAGAGGAAUGGUUUCGUCCACAUCCGACUCGUCCGGAUGCGACAUUUGAAGGUGGAUUCAAGGUCCCUGGCGACAUCUAUCCUUCGCUUUUCGACUAUCAGAAGAUCGGUGUACAAUGGAUGUGGGAACUGUACAGCCAAGAAGUCGGAGGUAUCGUGGGUGAUGAGAUGGGCCUUGGGAAAACCAUCCAAGUCAUAUCAUUCCUUGCAGGCUUACAUUACUCGAAAAAAAUCAACAAGCCCAUUAUCGUGGUCUGCCCGGCCACUGUCAUGAAGCAGUGGGUCAACGAAUUCCAUCAAUGGUGGCCUCCACUUCGAGUGUCAAUUUUACAUUCGUCUGGAAGCGGCAUGAUGGAUGUCAAGCGCGAGAGCCGGAUCGAAGAGGAACUUGAGACACGCCAAUACGACAGUUCAAGAACGAAGCUUACAAAGUCCGAGAAGGCUGCUAAGAAUAUUGUUGACAAGGUCAAGCGGGAUGGCCAUGUACUGGUCACCACUUAUUCCGGUCUUCAGUCUUACGCACGGUUCCUUAUCCCCACCGACUGGGAAUAUGCUGUUCUCGACGAAGGUCAUAAAAUUCGCAACCCUAACGCCGGUAUAACCAUCUACUGCAAGGAACUUCGUACUGCUAACCGCUUGAUUCUUUCCGGUACUCCGAUGCAAAACAACCUUACUGAGCUUUGGUCUCUCUUUGACUUUGUCUUUCCUAUGCGUCUUGGUACGCUUGUCGACUUCCGCAACCAUUUUGAGUUUCCGAUUAAACAAGGUGGUUACGCAAAUGCAUCGACGCUCCAGAUUCAGACUGCUGCGAGAUGCGCAGAGACAUUAAAAGAGACCAUCAGUGGUUAUCUCUUGCAACGCUGCAAGUCAGAUGUCGCCGCUGAUCUUCCAAAGAAGAGUGAACGAGUACUUUUCUGUAAGCUGACAAAAACUCAGAGGGAGGCGUAUGAAGACUUUCUAGAAUCACCAGAGAUGAGGUCAAUUAUGGAUGGUAGGCGCCAAGCUCUCUAUGGCAUCGAUAUCUUGCGGAAAAUUUGCAAUCACCCGGACCUUGUCCAACACAAAACACACCACAUGAAACCGAACUAUGGGAAUGGCACAAAAUCCGGAAAAAUGCAGGUUGUCAAGGCUCUUCUUGAGAUGUGGAUGAAAAACGGUCAUAAGACACUUCUAUUCGCUCAACACCGUAUAAUGCUGGACAUUCUAGAGAAGUUUGUCAAGAAGUUGGGAAACUUCAAUUACAUGCGCAUGGACGGAUCCACGAAUAUCAAGGACCGUCAAGACUUGGUUGACAAAUUCAACAACGACCCAAAUCAGCACGUCUUCUUGCUGACAACAAAAGUCGGUGGUCUUGGAGUUAACCUCACUGGUGCUGAUCGCGUUCUUAUUUACGAUCCUGAUUGGAACCCAUCCACUGAUGUACAAGCUCGUGAGCGUGCUUGGCGCCUUGGUCAAAAGCGCGAGGUUGAAAUAUACCGCCUGAUGACCGCCGGCACGAUCGAAGAAAAGAUAUACCAUCGUCAGAUCUUCAAGCAGUUCCUGACGAACAAGAUCCUGCGCGACCCUACACAGCGGCAGACAUUCCAGCUGAAGGAUCUCCACGAUCUCUUCACGCUCGGUGACGCUGAAAACGGCGAAACGGAAACAGGCACACUCUUCAAGGGCACCGAAACACGUUUCGAUCAGGAGGGCGAGCAGCAGUCUUCAGAAACGACCGAACACAUAACUAACAUUACCGGCAUCUCGCGCGACGAAGCCUACCGCACCUCCGCAGACGAAGCUGCUCCCCCCAAUGACGGCACAGCCAACCAAACAGCCGAAGGAGCCAAAGAUGACCGCCUUCUCAACACCAUUUUCGCGCGCUCUGGUGUCCACGCCGCCGUGUCCCAUGACACCAUCAUUGGCAGCAACUCCCGCAAGCCCAAAGUCGUUGCCGACCCGGAAAUCAUCGCCAGGGAGGCACGCCGUGUCGCUGCCGAGGCAGCACGCGAGCUGCAGCGGUCAGGAGAAGCGGCGAGAGCCGUCCCUAUUGGCACGCCUACUUGGACUGGCAUCGUCGGCACUGCUGGUCGUCCUGAGGAGCAGGUACGCCCGCGCAGCGCCCUCGCCAGCCGCAGAGGCGGCCUUGGCGCCGGCCGAGGCGGACGUGGCGGCGCUGGGCCAUCCUCAUCUUCGGUGCUGGCGAACCUGGCGGCGCGGCAGGGAGGCGGCGGUAGGCGCGGGACGCCGCUCUCAUCGGCUCCCUCGCGUGACUCUCCAUCUGUUUCUCGGCCUGCAGCUGAAGGCGCGGAAUUUUUGGAGGCAAUCAAGAACUUCUUGCGCGUGAAUGGGGGCAUGCGGUCGACGCAGGAGCUGGUCAACCAUUUCAGCCGCCUCUGCGAUACUGCACAACGGGUGGCGAACUUCAAGGAGAUUCUAAAGGAGAUUGCGAUAUUGAAUCGGGGGUCGGGGAGUCGUGGAAGGGGAAAGUGGGUGCUCAGAGAGGAGUACAGGUAGGAUCACAGGAGAACGUAGGGCGUUGUGAUUGACGAGUGACUAGUGGUGAGAGAUUGAGGGAUACCCCAUGAGCGGCGUGGUGCGCAGCCGGUUUGGCCUGGGUUGGGUUUUGUCAUUGUGUACAUUUUUUACUUCCCUCCCUUUUUGUUUUCUUUCUUGCUUUUCAGGAGCAAUCUCUUGCCUUUAUUUUUCAUGCGAUGCGGUCUCAUUGCCCCCUCUCAUCGUCCUCUUUGGACAGAGUUAAUAACCGCACUAUCAGGAUAUGGGCGGGCCUGUUUGUUUGCAUACACACAGGCGUAGACAGAUGCUUAAGAAGGAGCAACUGCGGUGUAGUGUACUGAGCUACACAUGGUAUACCA